CCACUGCUGACAUUGGCUACCUAUCCAACCUUACGCACACGGAGUACCUCUUCUACGACACUACCUACUCUUCAUCUUUCUCGUCAUAUUUUCUUGCACAUUCUCUCGCUCACAAAUUCCAUCUCGCGACACCCACUUCUGCCAACAGUCAAAACUUCGAAUCGUUCGAUCAUUCCCUCGCUUAGCCUGACCUGUCACCCGAAGAGCGUAGACCACCACCCUCAUAGGCGCACUUCCCCCUCCCUGAGUGUUUCAGCCGCCGGUGCCAAAAUCCAUUCGCGCCUUACCAAGACCUCCCCUCGUUCUUGAGUCGGACGGAAAUUCUCGAAGCCAUCCUGCGUUGAAACUUCACUCUUCUUCACGACUGACCCUCGACGGACACCCGUCACUGCAUCGAACCACCACUCGAGGACUGCGGUGGAUCUGAUAGAGCACCGGGCCUUACCUUUUAGUCGCGCCAAAAAGUCGCCAAAAUUCGUUCCCACGAAGCUCGUUCUUCCCUCCUCGGAGGCCAGCCUGAGUCUUAUCAACCUUUGGCUGGAGGUUAUCACCAACGUGAAGGCUAUGCUGUGAAAGAUUUCGAGAGGAGGAAGUCCCGAUCAAUCAUGUACACACCAAAUUCAAAGUGGACUUGGGCUUUCAGCCUGAUAGCCUUGACGCAGGCCGGCAUCGUCCUCGCGUUCGAAUGCUACGCUUUCGCUCAUUUCCAGAUUCAUCUCGAGUCCAGCAGCACCAAUUUAACGGCCUCAAGGACGAUUCCUACAUUCCUGACCCUCUACAUUUUUGGCUUCCUCUACCAACUACUCCUCGUCUGGGAUGCCCUACGGAUGAAGAACACCAUUCAGGUCAUCGGCUUGGUCAUGUAUAAUGUUGGCCUGCUUAUCUAUGGAGCAGUCCAGAUUUCGCAAAUCAAGGACGCGGUCUUUCAGUUGUCUGAAGAUGGUUCGAUACAAAUGGAGGUUUGGAAAGACACCAAACCAUUUUUGAUCGCGAUCCCAGCCAUAAUUGCUGUUGGGACGGCCCUCCUGGCCGGCUGCGCCUGGAAGCUGUACGACGAAUUCGCCUGGACCAUCUAUAAGCGCAUCUCAGCCGACUUGAGGAUGAAGCGACGCUACCUCCAGUACCAGAUCUAUAUCGCUCUACUGAAAUUCGACUUUUUCUUCUUCCUCGGAUUCACUGUCCAGUUUGUCGUCAUCGUCACUCAGCGCCGAGCUGAAUUCGCCUUGACUAUAGCCGCCAUACCGGUGACUAUCAUCAUUCUCCUGGCAGCUGCAUGGUUUGUGCGGAGGGAGAAUCUUACGGGAACCAUCGGAGUCAUUAUCCUGUACUUCGGUGGUCUCGCUUACUUCAUCUUCAAGAUGAUUCGCAUGUACUCACCAUCGCACGAAGGUCCAUACCUUCCAGCACGCAAAGAACUCACCAGUUUUGCCGUCUUGACCAUCAUCUCCAUCCUCCUCACCAUCACAAACGCAUGUCUAUGCGCGAGCAAUUAUAACAAGGGCCUCAAGCCCUACAUCUACAAAUCUGCAAAUGUCGAUGAGGAAGAAAAGCCAAUCGGAAGCGCAUAUGCACCAUAUGCCACUGAGAUGUCAAGUGGUUCGAAAUACCCACCGGCAAGACCAACAGCAAACAGAAUGGAGAUUGAUUAGGUCGUCGAUCCUUAACCUUUCUUCUUUUUUGAAGGGGACUUCUUAGCGGGCGUUUCUAUCUUCGGGGGUCGUCAUGUUUUCCGGCCAUGUACAACUUUUUCUGUCACGAGGAGUCAGUCAUAUUUUGAGAGGAAUCGUCUAAUGAGAAGCAGGUUAAAGUCCAGGUUGUGUCAAGUGUGAUGGAAUCUCUUGAUGAGCCACUUGGCUCUAUAUCACUCAUUUUUUUGGACCAGUAACGCCAUCUCUGAUCGUAAAGCCUUUGGUGUCCUGUGGUAUAUAUUGCGGAAACAAAAAUGCGAAUCCAAUUUCCCAAUUGCUCUCUAAGCACACACAGGUCGAGCCAUAUUGUGAGCAAAGUUUCGUCGUUGUGGUUCCAAUUUCUAGAUUCCAAAACUCCGUAGGACUGGUUAUACUGGAAACGGCCUGGGACACAAAGCUCAAAACCCGAGGUAGGUAAAUUGAACUUGCACUUGAAUCAUUCAUAUAGACUGGGACAAAGUCCACUCGGUGAUCCGGUAUACCCAACGUCUAGUGAG